AUGGCACUUUGCGGUGUUUGUUCGACUCCAAAUCUGCGGGAUUUGGAAGUGUUGCAAUCUGUUAGGAAUUCUUCAAGCAUUGUUGGUUUUAAACGAAACCGUAGUCUAUGGCAGCCCACAAGUUCAGUUCUUGCAAAAUCUGUAAAAUUUCGUUGUUCGUCCUCCUUGAAAUCUUCAUCAUCUAAUGUGGAGAUGGAGGAGGAUGCUCACAAUACUAGUCCCUCGGUGGAGAAUGAAUCAGCACAUGUUAAGCAGUUCGUUUGGAACGAUUUUAAGAUUCUUGAUCGUGUUAGCAUUGGUCAUGGCGGCCGGGCCGAUGAGCUUGUGUUUGAAGCUAUAGUUCAGGUUCCAGAUAGCCCUUUGUUUAACCAAGGAGUUGUCCUUCGGAAAUUGAAUACCACUCACGCUCAAAGAAGAGGACGAAGAGCCAUAGAAGUAUUGAAAAAGCUAGUUCGUCGUAGGCUUCUGUACCAUUCGUACUCAAUGCAAGUUCACGGUUAUAUCUCCAAUAACCCGAGCGAUGAUCCGUACUCAUUUACUCUUGUACAUGGGUGCCAUGGAAGCUUCUCGAUUAGGCACUGGCUUCAACAGUCUGAUUGGCUUCCAACGUUAGAAGCUACUCUUGCACUGGAUGAAGAAUCUUUUAGAAGGGUGGGGGAUGAUACAACUGGAGGGCCUGCAGUAUCAAGGCAGUUAAGAUUAAUCCGUAUAUUAAUGAGGGAUCUUUUAAUCGGAGUCAAUUACUUGCACAGCCAUGGUCUUGCUCACACAGAACUGAGAUUGGAAAAUGUGCAUAUUAGCCCUGUGGAUAGACAUAUCAAAGUAGGGAUUCUCGGAAAUGCUGCUGACUUUUGGGAUGGUCCAAGUACUAGCAGCGCUGCUUACAGUACCAUGGACAGACGACAGAUGAUGAUAGCAUUUGACAUGAGAUGCGUUGGAUUCAUGAUGGCAAAAAUGGUACUUCAAGAACUGAUAGAUCCUUUAAUCUUUGCGAAAUUGAAGUCUUUCCUGGCAAAGGGGAAUGAUCCUUCCUCGCUACGGGAAUUCUUUGUGACGACACUCAAUAAAAACUCCGAAUCUGGAAAUACCGGAGUGCAAAUACUUGAUAGAAACUGGGGAGCAGGUUGGCACCUUUUAUCGUCAUUGAUUGCUACCAGACCUUCGAAAAGAAUAAGUUGCUUGGAUGCUCUUAAACAUCCUUUUCUAUGUGGGCCAAGAUGGCGUGUUGCCCCAUCAAUGGAUAUCAUCAGAUGGGGUCUUGGAUCAACCACAGUAAGGAUUUCAGAAGAAUACAUUUACCGCAUGCCUCAGCGCCAAAGACUUGCCCACUUCAUUGAACUAAUGGAGAUGCUUAACCCUUGUCCAAAACCAAAAUGUUGGUUGGAGCUUUUACCCGGAAAAUGGCGUUUGUUAUACUCUACCGGAAAGCAAAUAGGUCUAACUUUGCGUCAGCCCUCUACACGUGCCUUAAUAGGCAAUGUUCACUUGACAAUAACCCGAGCUUCAGAAGCGAACAACGCUUCACUUUCAUUUACCUCUGAUAUAGGCUUUACUGCCAUAACCAGCAAAGACUGGCCACACAACAAAACCGGAGUCACGGGUAAAUUACAAACGCUCUCUCAAUUCAGACUAGUAGCCGGAAAAAGACUUUACCUCAAAGAAGAGAAAAAGAACAUUGGUAAGUUCUCAAUGGGGGAGCCAGAUGCUGAAGAAGGUCUAGCCGAGAAACUAGAAACCGAGAAAUGGAAAAAGGUCGUCCCCUUCAAGGAGUUUCCGUCAAGUCUUCCUGUAGCYAAACUCGUCUCUGGGGAGAUCGAAGUAACGAUGAAUAUUAAUGAUCGUAUAGAUUCGCCUGGGAAUGUGAUUGGAGAAGUUAGAAAGCAGAUUCCACAGGAGAUGUUCGAUUUGUCGAAGCUUGUGUGUGGUACGUAUAUAGACAGUAGGUUACUUGUACUUAGGUGUGUGAAUGGUUCGGCAAUGUUGUUCACAAGGUCUAGUGUGGACCAUAAGUCUAUGUAG